AUGCGACGCCGGAAGCCCGCGGAAGGCUUCGUUCUAGGCGGCAUCUUUUUCUGGACAAUAAUCGCCCAUCUGAUUUCGUCAUGCCUGGCCAUACAGCUCGAGGAGCGGAUGGAGAUCGUGCGCAAAGUGCUGAAGGAAGUGCCUUUAAUCGAUGGUCACAACGAUCUGCCGUGGAACAUAAGAAAGUUUCUCAAAAACCAAUUGCGCGAGUUCCGGUUCGGCGAGGAUCUUCGCGACAUCACGCCCUGGUCGACGAGCGCCUGGAGUCACACGGAUCUGCGGCGCUUGAAGGAAGGGAUGGUUUCAGCACAGUUCUGGUCGGCCUAUGCCCCAUGCUCGUCGCAACAUUUGGACGCAGUGCAAUUAACGCUCGAGCAAAUCGAUCUCAUUCGACGGUUAGUCAAUCUGUAUCCGCAGCAUAUGGCGCUGGUAACCACGGCCGAUGGUAUCGAAGAAAGCCAUCGGUCCGGAAAGCUGGCCAGCCUGAUCGGGAUCGAGGGUGGCCACUCGAUCGGCACCAGCCUGGGCGUGCUGCGGACCUUCUACCAGCUGGGCGCCCGCUAUCUCACCCUCACGCACACCUGCAACACGCCCUGGGCGGACUGCUGCAAAGUUGAUGAGCCGGGCCGGGUGCCGCACAUCGGUGGCCUGUCCCACUUCGGCACGCUCGUCGUGACCGAGAUGAACCGGCUCGGCAUGAUCGUCGACCUCUCGCACGUGUCCGUGCCGACGAUGCUGGACGCGCUGGCCACCUCGAAGGCCCCGGUCAUCUUCUCCCACUCUUCCGCGCACGCCAUCUGCAACAGCUCGCGCAACGUGCCGGACCACGUCCUCAAGCGAAUCGCGGUUAACGGUGGGCUGGUGAUGGUUGCAUUCUAUCCCCAUUUUGUGAGCUGCGGCGAGAAGGCAACCCUCAAGGACGUCGUGGCCCAUAUUAAUCACAUCCGAGACGUUGCUGGCGUGGACCACGUUGGCAUCGGCGCUGGGUAUGAUGGAGUGAACUUAGUCCCGCAAGGAUUGGAGGAUGUCUCCAGGUAUCCCUACCUGUUCGCAGAACUGCUAGAAUCAGAACGGUGGACCGAGGAAGACAUAGCGAAGCUGGCGGGGAGAAAUCUUAUACGAGUUUUCCGGCAGGUCGAACAGAUACGGGACCAGCUCGAGGCCCAAGGAAUGCUCCCCAUCGAUCAAUCGAUACCACCGGAAGAUAUUCUGGGCCGCUCGUACUGUCGCUACUCGGGACCCCGCACGUGA